AUGAGUGCAAGGAUUGCAAGAAAUGUUUUCCGUCUUUCCAAGCUCUUGGUGGUCAUAGAACUAGCCAUAAACGGAAAAAGAGAUGCCGGUGUUGCAGAGGAGGAUGAGCUUCUCAAGUUUAGUAUCAAUUCAAGCUCUUUCGUCGCCGCGAAACCGCUUGGUUUGAUGCCGUCAAGCAACAACAACAUCAACAAUAAUAACAAUGUCUUGAGCUUGAAGAUGAGGGUGCAUGAGUGUUCAAUUUGCGGAGCAGAGUUCUCCUCCGGGCAAGCUCUUGGUGGACACAUGAGAAGACACCGGCCGGGGAGUGUCCCCGAGGUGGUGGCCGAGACGAAGAAGGAGAAGAGCUUGUUAUCUUUGGAUCUUAACCUCCCGGCACCGUCCGAGGAUCACCGUGGUGAUGGCGGAGAGACGGCAAUGAAAGAGAUGGCGAAGCCGGCCUUUUCUUGUGCUAACAAGAGGCCUCCUCCUCUCCUGCUCUUGUCUUCAGCAAUGGUGGAUUGUCAUUACUGA